UCGCUGCGCCCGGCGGGGCCGAGCGGUGCCGCAGCCGAGCUCCGGCUCCGGGCAGCGCCGCGGGCUGUCUGCCCGCGCCAUGGGCCGGGACGGGCCGUGGCUCAACCUGUCCGGCAGCGCCUGUGCGGCGGGCGGGCCCUUCCCCGCCGGCACCGCCGCGCUGCUGGCCGCGCUCAUGGGGCUGCUGGUGCUGGCCACGGUGCUGGGCAAUGCCCUGGUCAUUCUGGCGUUCGUGGUGGACCGGAGCCUUCGCACGCAGGGAAACUUCUUCUUCCUGAACCUGGCCGUCGCCGACCUGCUGGUGGGCGGCUUCUGCAUCCCCCUCUACAUCCCCUACGUGCUGACGGGCGAGUGGAGGCUCGGCAGGGGCUUGUGUAAGCUGUGGCUGGUGGUGGACUACCUGGUGUGCACCGCCUCCGUCUUCAACAUCGUCCUGAUCAGCUUCGACAGGUUCAUCUGUGUCACCAGAGCGGUCAGCUACAGGGCUCAGCAAGGAAUGACCAGAAAUGCCGUAUUGAAGAUGAUGACUGUAUGGAUUGCUGCUUUUCUUCUCUACGGGCCAGCCAUUCUCAGCUGGGAGCACAUUGCCCAAAAGAGCAUCCUCCCUGAAGGAGAAUGUCAUGCAGAAUUCUUCUAUAACUGGUAUUUCCUAAUGAUUGCCUCUACUGUUGAAUUCUUUACACCUUUCAUCACUGUUAUGUACUUUAACUUAAGUAUUUACCUUAAUAUCAGGAAACGCACGUUGCUCCGAAAUGAAAACCUCUCACCUGGUCAAGACUGUGAAAUGAAUUUCCAGGGGGAAAAAAGGGAACACACUGUGUUUUUUGUAAAGGCAGCUAACAGAGACAAACAUGCAAGCAGCCUUCUUCCCCCAGGGAAGGCUCCAAGGCUUCAGGCCUCAGCUGAGCUUGGCUAUCAGACAUCAAAUCUGAGUGCCAGUCUUGACCUUCCACCCCUCCAGGUGGAUGUAAAGACCAGGCCUCCCAGGAAUGGCUUCUUCAAAGCAACAGAAAGCCUUUGCCACCCCAGCAGCAAAGUGGACGUUGCUAACAUUAUGACAAACAGAUUUAGACUUUCCCGGGAUAAAAGAGUAGCAAAGUCUUUAGCAGUUAUUGUCUGUGUGUUUGGGUUGUGCUGGGCUCCAUACACACUCCUGAUGAUCAUCAGGGCAGCCUGCCAUGGGCACUGUGUGCACUAUUCCCUCUAUGAGAUCUCAUUCUGGCUCCUGUGGGUGAACUCAGCCAUUAACCCUGUUCUCUACCCGCUGUGUCACAUGAGCUUUAGGAAAGCCUUCAUGAAACUCCUGUGUCCACAAAAGGCCAAAAUUCAUCCUGACGUUUUGAUGUGAAAAGUCGGAAGGCUGAAAAUUAGUGUAUCUUAUAUUUGGUGGGAGCACCAAAAAGCAAGUAUUGCAAAUAUUUAUGGAAUACUGGUAAGUAGGCACAAGUGUAGAUAUUUAUGAAUAUGUAGAAAUACAGUCAUCCAUGUAGCUGGGAAAAUCAGAGCAAUGAAAAGAAAGGUCAUUUUUCAAAGCUCUUUGGGAAAUUACACCAACAGUGUAUUUUCUGGUA